AUGCUGAGAUUCUUCUAUGACGGCACUUAUCACCCGAGUGAAUUCGAUGACACCUCCGCUGAUCAGCACCUGAUCAUGCAUCGACUCGCAGAUUUCUACGACGCUUCUGCUCUGCGUAAGGCGGCCUCUCACCACUUGAUCAAUUUUAUCGACACAUGCUUCAUGAGCUGGAAAAACGACUCCCAGAGCGGCUCUCUAGAUCACGUCAUUCGUUCAAUCCAGCAGAUCCUUGGACCCAGCUCAGAUGAAUUUGCCGACAACAGUAUCCAAGAAGACGUCUUCAAGUUCAUCAUCAUCAUAAACGCAGGCCACUUGUACAAGAAUGAGCUCUCCCAGGAGCUUUUGGUGGACGGAUCGCUGCUCAAUGAGUCCUUGAGCCGCAGAUUCGCUCAGAAGACCGGUGAAGUUAUCAUGUGCUUGAGUUAG